AAGAGGAGGCCUGGUGAUUUCGAGUGGGACUAUGAGCGCAAUGGUGAGUUUCCCAUCAGAGAGGACGAUAUGGAUGAGUUCGAAGAAUUGGCGAAAAAGGACGAGAAAAUAUUGGGUUCAGUGGGCUAUACUGACCACGUCGAGGAGCGCGGAGGAAACAA